UAAAUGUAAAUUGUUAAGGGUGAUACUUGUCUUGAUUUCUUCUGUAUUUUUGAACUUUUCAACUUCCUGUAGCCACAUAAAACGUUGUUAAAUUUUUUGGAGAAAGUCACAAUUAAUACACCCACUUAAAUUUGACCCAAUAAAGUAAGUACAACCGUCUAAAAUCGAAAGUUGCAAACCGCACAUACACAAUUGUGGCUCUUUGUUCUGGACGAGAGAUGGAGACCCCAAGCGGUCGAGCACUCCACUCACUAGACCACAGACAUGCAACCGAGAUGAUUCAGGGGGAUCUUCGAUGGAGGCUUGCAUUAUGGAAAAUAUUCCCAUAUGACCGCCUUUUGUGCUUUCGCAUUUUUGACCUUGGCUAAAUUUGUUUGAAUAUAAAAAGUCAAUUCCAGGGCAAGUAACAAAGGAGGUAUGAUUACAGACGGUAGCCAAAUGACAGGUCAAACAAAAGGAGUCGACCUGUAGCUGAUACAGUAAAUACCUGGGAGAAAGAGGGAGAGAGUUGCAAGUCAGGGACAAUUAAACGUCUUGACCGCAAGCCAAUUUAGGGCACGGGCUGUAUUGCUGAUCCUGAAGAGGUUGGCCCUAGGGUACCUGAGUCGAUGGGAUCAGCUUGAGGCAGCGAAUCAGCCACUUCAGUUGUCCUUUGAGCCUGCAAACGUAAACAUGUUGACCAACAACGAGCUAAUGGAGCAGUUCUACUUCCCCGACGAAGCCCCAGCGAUUCCCGAAUUCCUCGGCAACGACACCUUCCAGCAGUUGGAGCAGCUCAUGUACCAGCAAGAGUUCAGCACCAGCGACAGCCAGUCGGACGGAGCGAACAGUUGCUCCUUGGAGAUGUAUUACGAUACGCCGUCUGUCCUGGAAUUGGAGCACAUGCUGAGUGCCCAGGAGCAACAGCAGCAGCAUCAAGCGAAUCCCUUAGGAAAGAGUCAAGGUAGAAGCCCGAGAUACUGGAACAAGCAGCAGAGGAGCAAGCCAUACGACAAGCUGUCCACUUCCAUGUCAUCAUCUGCAUCCUCCUCCUCCGCCUCUUCGAGCAGUUCGUCCGCGGGAUUCGGAGGCGAAGUCCUUAAAAAGCGGCGACUGGCUGCCAAUGCUCGGGAACGGAGGCGGAUGAACAGCCUGAACGAUGCCUUCGACAAGUUGAGGGACGUGGUGCCGUCUCUUGGCCACGACCGGCGACUGUCCAAAUACGAAACCCUCCAAAUGGCGCAGGCAUACAUCGGGGAUCUAGUCACGUUGCUGUCCAGAGACUACUAGCCAGUGUGGACGAUCCUUCAUCCUUCCUCCAAUGGAAGUUCCUUUGCUGGCUGUGUUGCAGCAACACCUUCAUCCUAGUGGAAAACUUAUAAAGGCUGUUAGUUUUACGUUUAUUAUCAUAGUUGUACAUAAUUUCAAGCAAUAAUUUUCGAAUAAAAAUUAAAAGAAUAUA